CUUACAAUAAUUAGUUUUUUAUUAAAUUAAUUAAUAAAAUAUUAUUUGGUUUUUGUUUAUACAUUUUAUAGUUUUGUGCAAUUACUUUUGCGUCUUUGACAAAACUUUAUUUAAUAACAAACUAUAACUAUGCAUAAUAUUCCAAUAUGGCUUCAUAAAAUUCAAGAUAAAGAUAAAGUUCAUCAAUGCAUUUACAGCUUAUGCUUCAGCAUUGAUGGUACUCAACUAUUUGCAACUGCAGGUCAUGAUGUACUCGUAUAUCGUUCUAUUGAUGGAUAUCUUUUACAUAGUUUAAAAGGACACAAGGAAAAUGUUUUCUGUUUAGCAACUUCUAACAAUGGCAAAAUAUUUGCUUCGGGUGCAGCAGAUAAAACAGUUAUUCUUUGGUCAUCUAAAUUUGAACCUGUUGGAAAAUAUAAUCACAAUGACAGUGUACAGUGUAUGGCUUUUAACUCAAUUACUCAUAAUUUAGCAAGUUGCAGUUCUUUGGAGUUUGGCUUAUAUUCUUUGGAACAAAAAUCUGUGCAAAAGUUCAAAAAUCUGUAUAAAAUAAACACAUGUGCAUGGUCCACAGAUGGUCAAACAUUAGCACUUGGAUGUGAUAAUGGAAAUGUAUCCUUACGUAAUCGAAGUGGAGAGGAAUUUGCAAAUAUCGAGCUCCCUGAUGGACACUCAAUUUGGGCAAUAGUAUGGUUAUCAUCUAGAUUUAAUGAAGAAGAUAUAUUAUGUAUUGCUGAUUGGGGUAGAAAAUUAUCAUUUUACAAUAAAAAUGGGUUUGAAAUUUUAAAGAGUAAAAACAUUAAUUUAGAAGCUUUGACUAUGAAAACAUUAUGUAAUGAUUCUUACUUAUUAAUUGGAGGUUGUAAAGGAAAAUGUUGCACUUUUUCUAUUGAUGGAAUUAAGCUGAGUGAUUUUGAAGACAAACAUUGUUGGAUUUGGGCUUCUGCUGUGCACCCACAUUCAAAAUUUAUCGCGUUAGGUUGUCAAGAUGGGACAUUAGCAUAUUACAAAAUUGAAUUUAGUGUAAUACAUGGACUUUAUCAAGAAAAAUAUGCAUUCAGGGAAAAUAUGACUGAUGUUGUUGUUCAAAAUUUAGUAAAUAAUAAUAAAGUACGAAUCAAGUGCAGAGAUUUAAUUACAAAAAUUGCAAUUUAUAAGGAUCGCUUGGCUGUUCAAUUACCAACAAAAAUUGUUGUAUAUGAAUCAACUUUAAAUCAAAUAUCUGAAAUGCACUAUAGAAUCAAAGAAAAAAUUUCUGAAAAUGCUAUCUGUAAUUUACUAGUUGUUUGUUCAAAUAAUUUAGUUUUAUGUCAAGAAACGAAGCUUCUAUGCUUAUCACUUGCUGGAGUUUAUGUACGUGAAUGGAGCAUGAAUUCCUUGGUAAAAUACCUAAAAGUUAUUGGUGGCACAGCUGGAAAUGAACAAAUUUUAGUUGGCUUGCACAAUGGACAAGUUUUGAUGUUAAAAGUUAACAGUACAACAGUACAGCAACUAUUUAAUGUUAAUAAAAGUAUCCGUUGUUUUGAUGUGAAUAUAUCAAUGGAUAAAGCAGCUAUUGUUGAUGAUGAGAACAAGUGUUCAUUUUUUGAUAUGAAGUCAAAAAAACUACUAUUUCAAGAACUUGAUGUUACAAGUGUAGUUUGGAACUCAAAAUUUUCUGACAUGGCUUGCUUUUCUGGUAAAAAUAUAUUCAAUAUCAAAAUUAAUGAAUUUCCUGCUCAUCAACAACGGAUCAUAGGCCAUGUUAUUGGUAUGUGGGGCUCUAAGAUAUUUUCUCUUAAUGACUCUGUAGUCUCUGUUAUUGAAGUUGCUUUAUCAGUUCCAUUAUAUCAAUAUCUAGAGAAAAAGUGUUUUAGCAAUGCAUAUAAAAUUGCCUGUCUUAAUGUUACUGACUCUGAUUGGAAAAUAUUGGCUAGAGAAGCUUUAGAACAUUUUAACCUUCUAAUUGCCAAAAAAGCAUUUGCACAUAUCAAAGAACUAAAAUACUUAGAGCUCAUUACACAAUUUGAGGAUAAAGGAUCACAAAAUGAUAAAGAUAAACACUGUCUACUAGCUGAUGUACUUGCUUAUGAAGGAAAAUUUAAAGAAGCUGCUAGAAUUUAUCAAAAAUGGGGUUUUGAUCAUAAAGCUUUUACCAUGUACACUGAUUUAAGAAUGUUUGAUUUGGCACAAGAAUUUAUUGGAUCAAACACUUCUGGAGAGAAUAAAGAAUUACUCAUUAAACGAGCUGAAUGGGCAAUGAGUAUUGAUGAGCACAAAGUAGCUGCUGAACUUUAUAUUUCAGCUGGAGAAUUAGACCUGUCUAUUGAUAUUAUGGUUCAUAACUGUUGGACACAAAUGCUAUUAGAACUCGGACGUCGUACUGAUAAAGCCGAAGAAACUAUUUUGAAUAGAAUUGGAGAUGAACUUCGUAAGCUAGGUGAUACAGAAAGUGCUGUUGAAAUAUAUGCCAAAAUGGGAAAAGAUAUGGGACCUGAUAUGGUUGCUUUACAUGUAGAGGCUCAUAAUUGGGACCAAGCUUUCAUAUUAGUUGAAAAAAAUCCAAUAUUCGCUCCACUUGUGUAUUUACCAUAUGCUGAAUGGCUAGCUGAAAACGAUAAUUUUGUUGAAGCACAAAAAGCAUUUCUGAAAGGUGGAAAACCAGAAAGAGCAUUUCAAGUAUUAAAAAUAUUAACUGAAAAUGCUGUUGAUGAACAGCGUUUUCAAGAUGCUGGUUAUUAUUAUUGGUUAUUAAGUAGACAGUAUUUAAAUAUUGUUUCAAAUGAGGGUGACAAAUCUACUGAAAUUAUAAAUCAAUUUUAUUUAUAUGAUAAAUAUGCUGCAAUUUAUUAUGCCUACAAUGCUAUUCAUCGUUAUAUGGAGGAUCCAUUUAUGUCAUAUCAACCUGAAACUUUAUUCAAUAUUUCAAGGUUUUUAAUGAAUGAAACAAAAAAUAUACAUUUGAAAGGGAUUUCAAAAUUUGCAAUAUUAUAUUCAUUAUCCAAACAAGCAUUAAAUAUGAGAGCAUUUAAGCUAGCAAGACAAAUUUUAACAAUAAUACAAAAGUUAAGGAUACCUACUAAAUAUCAAGAUUAUGUAGAUCUUGCUUCUUUGAGUAUCCGUGCAAAACCAUUUCAUGAUAAUGAAGAUCUCUUAUCAAUGUGUUACCGUUGUUUAACUUAUAAUUCACCUGUUGUGCAAGCAUGUGUAACAUGUCAUCAUAAAUUUAUAUUUUCAUUUAUUAAAUUUGAAAUUUUGCCACUUAUUGAAUUUCAAUUGGAAGAUGGCAUUUCUGAUUUAGAUGCAUUAAAAUUAAUACACAGUUCUAAUCAUGAAAAAAAAUCUAUAGAAAACCAAGAUCCAUCUCAAAAUGUAAAUACAUUAAUUUUAGAUGAAGAAAGCCAAGAUCAAUCAAUAGAUCCAUUUACUUAUAAACUUAUAAAUGAGGGAAAAAAUGAAGAAAAUACUUAUCAACCAAUAAUAGUCAAUAAAACCACAUUACAAUCAAUGAAUACCAACAGUAUAAUAGUGUGUAAAUGGCCAAAGCCAUUAAGUUAUAAAUAUUACAGAAAUCUAUUACCUGGGUUUUUAGUAACUAACUGUGAAAAAUGUUUUAAGAUGUUUCAUUCCGAUGAAUACGAAGUAGAAGUACUAAGACAAGGUUAUUGUCCAUUUUGCAGAACAAUGGAUAGAAGAAUAGUAAAAUAAGGAUUAAAAAAAAAAAAAAAUGUAAAUUAAAUACAAAUAUAUGUAUUUCUUUUAAAUUUUAAA